CUGUGAGUCAAAUAAAAACCAGCGACGCACAUCAGUCUUCGGCAGUCGUUCGAAGCAUCAGUGUUGAUCUUAUCAUCCGUGUCGUCACGAAACUUGCAAUAUGGCUAAGUUAGCAGUUUUCUUUACAUUAUUGAUGCUCGCCUGCCACAUGGUGUUAAGUGUCAAUGCGCAACCUUUGAAUGAUAAACAAUCCUGCCUCUGUGCUACUACCGACGAUUUGAAUUGGGUGUGUGGAAGCGAUGGUCAGAGCUACGUUAAUCUAUCGACUCUCGAGUGUGAAAAGAAAUGCAAAAGACGUUCGGUUGAAAUGAGCCACAGAGGCAAAUGCUGAACUUUAUAGCUAUCGAUUAGAACUCAUACAAAUAUUUGUUUUAUCGCCAAUCAUUGUGACAUUAAAAUAAAUGUGAUAGUUGAGAUAAGAUAUUUGGAAUUUAUUAAAUCGUUUACGUGAGAAUUAGA